ACUAAAUAGUAGGGUUCUUAGAUUCAGCCAGGGAUUUUUUUUAAAAAGGUUUAUAGUGUUUUUUCUCCUCUUUGUAAACCCUAAAGUUUAUAGUAUUUGGCGAUUUGGUUUCUCUGUUAAUAAAAAUGGGAAGAGGAAAAUUCAAGGCAAAGCCCACCGGUCAACGCCACUUCUCUACUCCUGAAGAGAUGCUUGCGGGUACCUCAUCUCGUCCUCGCACUUUUAAGCGGCAAGAAGCUGCAUACAAAGAGGAAGAAGAAUCCGAGGAGGAAUCUGGACAGGAGUCUGGAGAAGAAUCCGAAGAUGAAACUGAACAAAAGCGCAAGGGAACUCAAGGUGUUAUUGAGGUCAACAAUCCGAAUUUGGUGAAGCCAAAGAACUUGAAAGCUAGAGAUCUCGAUGCUGGUAAAACUACCGAACUGUCAAGGCGUGAAAGGGAGGAACUAGAAAAGCAGAGGGCCCAUGAACGAUACAUGAGGCUGCAAGAGCAAGGGAAAACAGAACAAGCAAGAAAAGAUUUGGAACGCCUAGCUCUUAUUCGUCAACAGAGAGAAGAAGCUGCUAAAAAACGAGAAGAAGAAAAAGCUGCGAGGGAGCAGAAGAAGGUUGAAGCUCGAAAAUGACAUUCCUUCAUACAAAGCUUCAUAUACAUCAAAUGUUUUCCUUCAAUAGAAGACUAUAUGUGUGUUUUUCUACAAUUUAGCAAAAUAGAUUGUUUAAAUUCAAAGUUUUUUUUUUGUUAAUUUAUUUUUCGUUAAAAAGUGAUGGUUACAGCUCUUAACACUGUUUUUCUUCCUAUUCGGUGGCACAUAAUUGAUAAUUUAUGUUUGCGUUUUUUUUGAAUUAAAGUGAUUUAUUUUA